AAUCCUGAGGACACCAUGGCCAAGCUCAUUCUUGCCACAGGUCUAGCAAUUCUUCUGUAUGCACACCUGGGAUCUUCCUAUCAGCUGAUGUGCUACUAUACCAGUUGGGCUAAGGACAGACCAACAGUAGGGAGUUUCAAAAUUGGUAAUAUUGACCCUUGUCUGUGUACCCACUUGAUCUAUGCCUUUGCUGGGAUGCGGAAUAAUGAGAUUAUCAACACAAGUGAGCAGGACUUGAUUGACUAUGAAGCAAUAAAUUAUCUGAAAGACAGGAACACUGAGCUAAAAACUCUCCUGGCCAUUGGAGGCUGGAAGUUUGGAUCUGCCCCGUUCAGUGCCAUGGUCUCUACUCCUCAGAACCGGCAGACAUUCAUCAAAUCAGUCAUCAAAUUCCUUCGCCAGUAUAAGUUUGAUGGCCUCAACUUGGACUGGCAAUACCCUGGGUCUCGUGGAAGCCCUCCUAAGGACAAACAUCUCUUCAGUGUCCUGGUGCAGGAAAUGCGUAAAGCGUUUGAGAAAGAAUCUACUGAGCAAGAAAUCCCAAGGCUGCUUCUCACUGCCACAGUAGCUGGAGUCAUUGACACAAUCCAGUCUGGUUACAAGAUUCCUGAACUCUCUCAGUCACUUGACUAUUUUCAAGUCAUGACAUAUAAUCUCCAUGAUUUCCAGAAUGGUUACACUAGAGAAAAUAGUCCCCUCUAUCAAUCUCCAUCCGACACUGGAAUAUAUGCCUAUCUCAAUGUGGAUGCAAUCAUAAGCUACUGGAAGGAUAAUGGGGCAGCUCGUGAGAAGCUCAUUGUGGGAUUUCCAGCAUAUGGGCAUAACUUUAUCCUGAGUGACCCCUCUAACACUGGAAUUAAUGCCCCUAUUGUCAGUACUGGCCCACCAGGGAAGUUCACAGGUGAAGCAGGACUCUGGGCUUACUAUGAGAUUUGCACAUUUCUGAAUGAUGGAGCCACUGAUCUCUGGGAUGGCCCCCAGGAAGUACCCUAUGCCGUUCAGGGCAAUGUAUGGGUUGGUUAUGAUAAUGUCAAGAGCUUCAAGAUUAAGGCUCAGUGGCUCAAGGACAACAAAUUAGGAGGUGCAAUGGUCUGGCCCCUGGACAUGGAUGACUUCACUGGUUCUUUCUGUCAACAGGGAAGGUUCCCUUUGACUUCUACUUUAAAGCAUUAUCUAGGUGUACAGAGUACAAAUUGUAUGGCUUAUAAAGAGGAGCUUUAACUGGUAAUUUGUCCUUGAACCUAUCAGAUUAAGAGCAAAUUCAAACAGCUUUUCCAUAGUGGAUUCUGUAUCACCCUUCGAAGGAGAAUAAUAGCAAUAAAUCCUGGGCUUGCCUGAAUUGAAUCCCAGAGCAGUACUACUAAAAUGGAUGUCUUGUCUGCUGUACCAGCUAAGAAGAAACCAAGAAUGGCCUUCAUCUGUCUGCUUUUUGCUAAUCUCUGAACAUUGCUUGCUUCCUGCAAAACUACCUUGCAUGUUUCUGGCUUUCAUAAUAAAUUCAACAUUCAAAAUA